GUUGCCGGAACAUCCAGAUCUACGGUCCUUCGUCUGAACCCUUCUCUCCAUUAACACCUUAAUUGAGUGUUUUCUGCGCCGAAGAUGAUGCAAUACGCGGCGUUGGUACUCCAAUUGGCAUUCGCCAUGGGAGCCAACGCUCGAAACAACACUGUCCCUACUCCAACGAUGUCCUUCAAUGCUUCUGCCGGGACAACCGAGCUCCCCAACACAGAUUAUUCCAAUGAGAGGCUCGGAUUCCUCUGGAACCAGGUUGGGCCUGUUGCGACCCACGCCAAGGUUACCGCAACCAUUGAACCCACACCGGAAGCAACCCUGGUGGGCCCUGGCGGGUUUCAUCCCCUCGUGGCGAGUACCUUCUCCUCCGAGUUAACUGGGGUAAAGCUCCCGCCAAACUUUGCCUGGGGUCUCAGUGCUUCGGCAUAUCAGAUUGAGGGAGCCGCAAAGGACGAAGGGCGCGGACCUUCGAUUUGGGAUCUCCUGUCGCAUCGUGUGCCAAACCAGGUCGCGGACAAUUCCACGGGAGAUGUCCUUGGUCAACACUAUUACUUGUAUAAGCAAGAUUUUGCUAGACUAAAGACCAUGGGCACUCCUUAUUACUCACCUAGCAUCUCAUGGCCGAGAAUCUUCCCCUUUGGACACGGCCCGGUAAACGAAGCCGGUGUAAAGCACUACGAUGACGUGAUCGCUGAGAUGGUGAAGAAUGGCAUCAAGCCUGCUAUCAGCUUGUUCCAUUGGGAUACCCCAUUAGCCUUGUUCAACGAGUACGGUGGAUGGACAAACCGCAAGAUCGUGGACGAUUAUGUCAACUAUGCCAAGUUUGUCAUUUCGAGAUAUGACAAAUACGUUCCAGUUUGGUUCACUAUUAAUGAGCCACAAUACUGCAACUGGCAAUACUCCUACUACCCUGCCGGCACCUAUUACCCGUCCUAUGGUGUCGGGCCAGGAUUGAAGGCCCGUUUCUUGUGUGGCCAUCACACCUUGCUUGCACAUGCAAAGGUUGCCAAGUGGUACCACGAAGAGUUCAAAGGAAAGGGAAAAAUCACCUUCAAGAACAGCGGGAAUUACUUUCAAGCCAACAGCACCAGCGAGGCCGACAAGGUAGCAGUCCAGAGAUCAUACGACUUCGUUCUCGGAUGGUUCGGUGGCCCAUGGACCGACGGCGACUAUCCUCAGUCACUCAAGGACACCUUAAGAGAUUUGCUCCCUAAAUUCACCCAGCAAGAGAAGAAUAUUAUCAAGGGCUCUUGUGAUUUCUUCGCCAUCGAUGCCUACACCGCGUUCUACGCCGGCGCCCUCCAGCGGGGAUCUUUGAAGGACUGCACAAGCAACUCUUCAUAUCCCGGAUACCCUGAAUGCGCUGCAACAUCUUCCAGUGACCCUAACGGGUUUGGGAUAGGACCGGGUGCCGAUCUGGGCGCAGGUUGGUUGAAGAGCACACCUGGAGGAAUUAGGAAGUUCUUGAAGGCCAUCACCCAAGACCUCUUCCCAAGCGUCGGGGAGAUCAUGGUCUCCGAAUUCGGCUUCUCGGAGCCCUUCGAAAGCUCCUUCACCAAUAUUCAGGAUGCCCUAUGGGAUCUGAGGAGAGCAGAUUACUUGCAAGGAUUCAUGGACAACAUCCUGAUGGCCAUUCACCAUGACAAGAUUAACGUCACCGGAGCGUUUAUCUGGUCCAUCUGCAAGUUCUGCCUCGUACAUGAUAAUUUUGAAUGGGGGUCUGGUAUCAAGACCAGAUUCGGCGUUCAACACCUUGACUACACUUCUCUCGAGCGCAUUCCCAAAGCCAGUACCUUCCAGAUGCUCAACUGGUUCAAGACUCAUGGCGGAGAAUUCAUUGGCGGCGGAGGUGGAAAUAGCACCAUGCGCGGAUGGUAAGAUACUGCACUCGCAGUAGAAAGAGGGGGGAAUAUAAUUGUGCGAGAAAUGGAACUGUAUUUAUAACCGUAAUUUGCAUUAGUAUAUAUCUGUAUCUCCUUA